AUGAAGCAAAAGAAAUCGACACUUGCCCGUUUGAAAGACCAUGAUCAUCGGUAUGAUAGCGAGGAAGACUUCCAUCAGGCUGAUUCAAGCGAUACCAAUACCAGCGAGACUCAUACAAGCGAAAGUGAAGAUGAAAAGACACGUGCUAUUCUCAUUGAGCCAGAGGACAAUUCUGAUUUUGAAGAUGUGGAGGAGGCUGACGCGGAUGAUUUAGACCAAGCUCAGUCAACGGGCGACAGUGCUUCCAAAAUUUCCCUUUCACAAUCUCAGACCUCUUCAAUCAGUAAAAAACCAACAUCUUCUCCAGAACUAAUGAGAAAGAAGAAGGACAAAUCACUUUUGAAAACAAGCUCAAAGACUCAUUCUAUUUCAACUGCGCCUAAGAAAGAAACUUCAAAUGCUCAACAUAUCAAGCAGUUUAAGAUUAAGAGCAAGAAGUUGCAAGCUCGGCUCAAGGAACGUCGCAAGAAAUUCACUACACCACAUAACCCGGAUAUGUUCAAAACAUUCAUUGAUCAUGGUACAAUCAUGGAUGCACAGUCUUACCCUCUCUUCAUCAAUGGAAGUACUACCUAUGUCACGAAGGACACCGAAUCGAUCACUAAUUGGGGAACGUUUGGUUACACCUACACUAUGUCAGGAGGAGAUGUCAAAGGACGGUGGAAAACCACCAGAUAUAAGUGUUUAGGGGUGCUCAAAUGUACAAAUGAAAGCUGUAAAUACCGGGGCUCACCUCCCACUGGUCGCACAAAAAUUUCUAAACUUGUGCAACAGCAGAAACCAUGCAAGGUCCCUCGCUGCCCAGGGAUUGUCAUCCAUGUUGCAUGCAAAGAUACUUUCUGCCGACUAGAUGAAUGUGUAGAGACUCAGUGGGGACUUCUUCGCCACAUCGGGACUCAUGACCACCCAUGGCCAGUUCGUACAAAGGCAGACAAAAUUUCAAAAGAGGAGUUCGCAACUGUUGUCAAAAAUAAUAGCAAGUCUAAGCCAAUGCAAUUAAAAACAGGGCAAGCACUGGCCGGAAAAAAGCCUAUCAAAAGUGUCUCCACCAUUCACGUAGCAUAUCGAAACCGCUCAAGAAUCGCUUCUGAACGUCGCUCGGUUCUGAAAGACGCUGGGAUAAUAUCAGACAAGAAGGGUAAAGGUGUUCAAGACGAAUUUGUGAUUGAUAUGUUGAGUUGGGCAAAGCGUGGUUUAGAUAUCAUUUAUAUCACCAUGACGCCCGCUAAUGCACAUAUUUCUUUCCAGACAAAGUGGAUGAAAGAGCGACUGCUUACUAUUGAUGAUGAUGGACGCGCUUACAGUGGUGGUCUUCUUACGGAUGUGACAUACAAGCUAUUUGCAACAGGCUACCUAUGCUCUACAACAAUGUAUGACAAUGACCUCUGCCGGUGGAUUCCAGUUCUAUUCACUUGGCUCUCUGGUUUAUCCGAAGCACACUAUCAUGCACACUUUGUACAAUUGAUGAAAAUGGUGAAAGACGCUCCUAUCACUCCACCUCAGCGGGACUCCCUUAUUCGGACUGUGGUUGAUUUCUCUGCUGCUCAGAAAAAUGGUUUCAUACAAGCUUAUAUGGAUGUCUUUGAAGAAUAUGAUAGAGACCGAGCACUAUCAAGGCUCAAUGGAUGCCAAGAACAUUACAGAGCAUCUGUCACUCGGCUUAAGCGCAACUUCGGUCACAGGAGGUCAAGAGUACAUAUUUUGAUUACUAUCCUUCAUUGGAUAACACAGGAUGUAUUUGAAGGAUUGGCACUAGAUCUACUCAAAAAAAGUAAUAGCAAAACCCACGACAAGAAACUUGAUGAAUUACGAAGGACUUUCCCUAAGGCAAAGAAUUGGAUUGAUUGGUGGCAGACCUCCGAUAUAAAAGCAAUGCUAUUCUGUUCGCGGCAGCCCCAAAUGGAUGAUUUUGACCUUAGUGAGGAUGAACUGCCAGAAACCACAAAUGCACAAGAGAGUAUGCACCGUGUGAUCUACAUGAUAAGUGUGUCUGAACUUACUGGCACCAUCUAUGUAGUGAGACAAAAUGCUCCAUACAGAUUGGAAUGGUCCAGCUCUAUGCUCUUGUCAAGACACUGGAGCGGGAUCAUGAAGAUGUUAUGCGUGGAAUCACAGUGGAAUAUGGAUCGCUCUCUAGGCACUACAAGACAGUUGCUGAAUCUCUAG